AUGUGCACCAGCCGAGUUCCGACAGCGCAGGUCAUUGGAGUGGAGAAGAAGUACAAAGACCUGGCCCAGAAGCGAACCCUGGCAGAUGCCUUCGACCUCUUCCUCUGCGACAAGCGUGUCGUCGAGAUGAUGCCCCAGAUCUUGGGAAAUGUCUUCUACAAGCAGAAGCUGAAGGCCCCGGUGCCCAUCCAGCUGAAGGAGAACGGAGAGGACCCGGCCCAGGAGGUCCGCAAGGCCAUGACCGGAACCAAGUUCCGUGUCGUCCAGGGCCGCUGUGUGGGCAUCCGCUUCGGGCGCUGCUCGAUGACAGAGGAGCAACUCUUUGCCAAUGCCUCGGCCGUGAUUGCCGGGCGCUGA